AUGUGCCUCUGUCCGUCUGCUCACGCUGCUUACGGCUUCCGCUUUUUAACCGAGGCCUGCCUGUGUAUGGCUUCCGAAUACUGCUGCCUCCACCGCCACCCUGCGCCAUGUGCCUCUGUCAUCUGCUCAUGCUGCUGACGGCUUCCGCUUUUUAACCGAGGCCUGUGUUUGGCUUCCGAAUACUGCUGCCCUCCACCGCCACCCUGCGCCAUGUGCCUCUGUCAUCUGCUCAUGCUGCUGACGGCUUCCGCUUUUUAACCGAGGCCUGUGUUUGGCUUUCCGAAUACUGCUGCAUCCACCGCCACCCUGCGCCAUGUGUCUCUG